AAUGACAAGUGAUAGCACAAACCUAGGUUUGAUCGUUGGCAUAGCUGUUGGUGUCGCAGCUUUAGUAGCAGUCGCCUGUCUGGUGCUGUGCCUUGUCAGGACUCGUCUAUCAUGCGGACGGAAAUGCAAAGGUCGUAGAACAGGAGCACUACCACCUGUGACUUAUAACAAGCCUAAUGAAGAAGGACUCAGCGAAGAGACUGGGAAAGAUCACGUUGUUCGUGUUGAUAGACUUCGCUCUUUAAAAAGUUCUCAGCCCCGAAGCGUUCGCGCUGAUUUUGACAAGAUGAAAAUGCCGUCAGAUGACAUGGCGUUCUCUAAUGAUAUGGCUAUUGAAGAUGAAGAAGAAGUUGAAUCAAGAGUGAAAAAGGCGAAGGAACGUCGCAGUAAAACUCUUUCAGUUCGUCCUGGCCUGGUAAAAAAGCUUAUCACAACGGAGGGUGGCGUCACAAAAAUAGCUGAUAUCUCGCUCGAUGUCGGGCCUGGUUGUCUGGAAAACGACACAGAGAUCACAUUAAUAAGAGACGAUCAGAAUUUUGCUUUCCAGUCUUUGCUGAAGUUGGGUCUGGUCGAUGAUACCCCGCGAGUGGUCGAAUUCCUUCCAGACGGUCUGAAAUUCCUGAAGCCAGCGCUCCUUAAAAUAAAAUGUGAAAAAAGUGACCCCGAAUCCGAACUGUUCGUGCUGCAUGGUUCCUACAACCCUGAUUACCAGAGAACCGUUUGGGAACUGGUAACGAAUGAUCUCGAGGAGAACAGUAUCGACGGAGUCGUGAGCAUGAAGAUUAAUGGUUUCUGUUUUUAUAGCUACAUUUUGGCAAGACGUGGCAAAAUAGCGCGAAUCUUAAGUCAUCUUAAUCAUUCGUUCACCUGUCGUGCAUACUCGUUCUAUCGCAGAGCUUCAGUGGAUUCCAUGGAUAUUUCUGUUGUUAUUGUAAGCGAAUUUGUUGACAAAAAAGCGCAAGAACGCAUCGACCAGCUGCAGACUCACCAGGAGGAAGGCUACACUAAAGGAGAAAAGGGAAAGUUGAAGCGUGUGCACACGGAUCGUGGCCUUGAAAUGUCUCUAAAUUUUCCAGGUCUUAUAAGCAGCCCCUUUCCGUUCAAAAUUGAUCAGCCCCAGCUGGAUAGUGUCGGUUUCGUGGUGGAACAAUUCAAGGUAACACCAAUAACUAGCCCAGCAAAUGGAACGGUGGACAUAAAAGAAUUGCAUCGAAAUGCCGCGAAUAAACUUCUGUGGAACUUAAAUAUUCGUGAAAUGGAAAAAGAGAUUAAAAAAGAAGCUGAAGUCCUAUUACAUAAUACACCGGAGCCCGGACCACCAAAGGUAUGCUAA